AUGCGCCGCCUCCAGCCCGCUCUGUGGGCCCUCCUCGUCGCGGCGACCGGCUGGGUGAUGGGCUCCGUGGAGCUGACGCAGGCGCUCAUGACGACGGCGGGCGGGCGCUUUGAGACGGCGAGCGGGCUGCGCUCGAGCGCGUUUCUGGUCUCGUUUGGGCUGUCCAAGGCCGCGAGUAACCUGGUGGUCGGCUGGCUGGCGGACCGCGCUGGCCGCCGCACAGCCAUGGCCGUCGGCUGGCUCGCCGGCGCAGCUGUCGCCCCGAUGAUCCACUUUGCACAGGCGUGGGAGGUGGUCGUGGCGUCGGACGUCCUGCUCGGCAUCCAGCAGUCCUUCUGCUGGUCGGCUGGCAUCUUCGCCAUGCUCGACCUGCUCGGGCCGAGCAGGCGCGGGCUCGCCAUUGGCCUGCUCGAGACGCUCGGCUACAUCGCCAUCGCAGCCUCGCGCUCGGCCAUCGCCGCCGCCGGAGGGUCGUGCGGCGAGGACCUCGCGCUCGGGCUCGCCGGCGGCGUGUGCGUCGCCGGCGCGCUCGUCUCCGCCGCCUGCCUGCGCGAGACAAAUCGGCCGCCGCCACCCGCCGCGCCCGCAAGCCCUGCGCACGACUCCGUCCACCUGGCGGCAGACGGCUCGGCCGGCGGCGCGAGGGGCGGAUGCUGCUCGGCGAGCGCGGCGGCGCUUGCGGCGUGCUGCGUGGCGGGCUGCACGCUCAACUUCGGCACUGCCUUCGCGUGGGGCGCCAUGACUCGCUGGCUCACCAGCCGAGAGUGCGGCGGCGGGACCUGCGCCGCCGCCGCCGGCGCGGGGCAGCUUCCUGCGGGCGCCGCCGCGGACCGGAGGCUUCCUUGCGGCGCGGGCGCGUGGAGCUAUGUGGUGGUCGGGCUCGGCCUCUGCUCGGCCUCGCUCGCCUGCUUCUCGCUCCUCGUCGCCCUGGACGAGCCGCUUGCCCCCCUCCCUCCCGCCAACGAGACCGCGCCCUCGGGCGAGGAGGGGGGGCGGGCGGAGAGGCCGCCGCUGAGCGGCGCCGCCGUCGGUGCGGCGGCGGGCCUCACCUCGCUGCUCGGCCUGGGCACCGCCCUAGCGUACGCCAACUUGCAGGCGUGCGCCGCGCCGCUCGUGCCGCCCCACCGCUCCUCCUCCGCCAUCGGCGCCGUGCGGUGCGUGCGAGACUUGGGCUACGCCGUCGGAGGCGUCGCCCUCGGCGCGGUGAGCGAUUUGUCGGGCCGGCCUUGGGCGGCGCCAGCCCUCGGGGCGGUGGCAGCGGCAGUGGCCGCCGCCCUGUUUGAGGGCGCGCGUGGGCGUGCGAUCGCCGCCGAGAAGGCGGCGGGGGGGUUUGGGGCCACGGGAUUGCGUGCCGGUGGUGCGGCGCCGUCCCGCCGAGAGGCGCGAGGGCGUUGCGCGAGCGGCAGCGGCGGAGGAGACGUGAGCUUGCGAGCGGUCGGCGAGAGUACCGAGCACACCGUGAGCGUGAGGGCGGCUUUGUGA